AUGCCAUCGAUCGAUGAAGAUGAGAAAACCAUCCAACUCCUCAAUCUACUAAAUGAAUAUCAAGAGUUGACAGGUGCUUGUCGACUGCAUUUCAUAAAUGGAUUUCUCAAUUUGAGCCGAGCUAACUUUCAGAGUGAAAAGACCAAAUUUGGCAAAGACACAUUCGACAUGCGAAGCUACGAUGCUUGUAAAAUCGUUGGGCUCAUGGACGAAUCGGAUGAAUUCAAUAUUGUUGAUAGAACGAAAACCUCACCUGGUGAUGCUGUUGACGAUGAUCAAUUUACCAAUGACAUAACACCAGCUUCAGAGUUGAAGAAUCGCAAGAAUCGAAAUGCAAAUACCGCCAAGACUGAAACUGAAAAGACAGCUACCAUCACAUAUAGGGAUCCGAUUUUGCAAUUCGGUGCAUUGACACCAUCGCAGCUAAAGACUAGUCAAGAAGAUUUUGGCCUGGCGUUGAACUUGAGCGUUCGAAUAAUCAACAUACGACGUAAAAUCGAAACAUUGGUAUCAGAGUUGGAGAGACACUGA